UAUAUAUCUAUGAUAUUCAUAAUAUUAAAAUUUUGAAAUGGGAAAAAAUUCUCUCGAUAAAGCCACAUUAUUAAUUAGAAACAACUGUAACCAUAGCUUAGAGAUAAAAGGACAAUCAAAAUGGUGCUAUAAGUGUUCCCUAAAUUUUAUCGCAAAUAUUCCAGCUUUUAAAAACACUUCUAUAAGGGUUAAUACUACUCAUCCUUCCUCACUCUCCGUUCAUUACCAAUAUAAUAAUAGUGAUAAAACAAAAUGCGAACUUCAAUAUCAUUUUGGUGAACGUGGCAUUUAUCUACUUAAUGUAGAUAAUAAUGACAUCAAUUGUCAGUUUAAAACGGUAUUAGAUCCUAUAAGAUCUAACUUUCCUGUCACAAUUUUUUCAGUUAUAUUAAUUUUAUUAAUUUCAUUCUGGAAUGCUAAAAAAAUUGGAAUUAAUAAUAUAAAAGAAAAAAUUAAAAAAAAAUUUGCUAAAAAAGGAGGACAAAAUGAAAAUGGCCUUCCAAUAAAUACUCAAUGUGAUACUGUACAAGUUUACGAUACAAACAUUUUGGUGAUUUCUGAGCAACAACCUCUAAUCAUGACUCCAAGUCAUUCGAUAAGCAACGUGAAUACCAUUAUUGGAACAAAAUUUCCGACCUUGAAGUGCGAACAAGUGAUGACUGGUAAAGAAAGCGCUACAGAGAUACCAUAUAAAUUCACUCUUAAAGAAAUAGCUGCUAUUCAUAAACUUCAUAACGACAACGAUGAAAUUAAUGCAUUGGAUACCAAUAAUCACCUGUAUAUUGAUAAUGAAGAUAACAAUACGAAUAUGGUAAUAGCUAAACGCGACGCCAUCUUGGAUGUGGUCGAUUUUGAAAGUGUUGGGAAAAAAAUAGAUAAUCCGCCAGUGAUCGAAUCAAAGUCCCCACCAUAUAAAGAGAAUAGUAGAUUGACGUUUUUGGACACUUUUAGAGGGUUUUCCAUAGUGAUGAUGAUAUUUAGCAAUUACGGUGGGGGAAAAUACUGGUAUUUCAAUCACGCGCCUUGGAAUGGAUUUACUAUCACUGAUCUCGUAUUUCCUUUUUUUGUGUUUGCUAUGGGUUUUUCCUUUGUGAUAUCGCUGAGAAAGAAGUUCAGCGCAAACUUCAUAUUGAACAAAUGGAAAAUUGUAAGGCAAGUGAUUAUACGGUCUUUGUUGCUUUUCUUUCUUGGAUUCAUAGUGAGCAAUAUAAAAGCGGAAAAUUUAUUAGAAUUUAGAAUAAUGGGCGUUCUCCAAAGGCUAGCAUUCGUGUAUCUCCUUCUGUCAUCUAUCCUAUUGCUUCCUUUAUUCCCUAAGAACCGAAUAUUAUUUCGUCAUAAACUGUCGGACAUAUUGGAAUUUUUAUCAAUGGCUUUAUUAUGUUCAUUGCAACUUAUUUAUAUAUUCGGCAAAGCUCUGAAUUGCCCUAGAGGUUAUAAUAAUCCAGGAGGCCUAUACGAUAAUUCAUCGUUUAAACAGUGUGUAGGUGGGAUAACUGGAUAUAUAGAUAGAGUUAUUUUGACUCCCAAGCAUAUGUACCAACAUCCUACAUUUAAAGAAUUAUAUAUGACCGAUAUCCCUUUCGACCCUGAGGGAAUACUGGGAACUUUUUCAGCUACAAUUUUAGCCUAUAUUGGAGCACGAGCUGCCAAAGUAUUCGUAUUAUACAACAAAUCCCAAAAUUAUAACUCGAUUAUGAAAAUAUGGGGCUUAUCAGCUUGCAUAAUGGGUUUGAUUGGCGGAUUAUUGUGCAAUUUUACCGUGGAAGAAGGUUGGAUACCAAUCAACAAAAAUUUAUGGUCUUUGUCUUAUAACUUUGUCACCGCAUCCUUAUCUUUUCUACUUAUAUUGGUUUGCCUUUUCCUAAUUCGCGUUUUAAGAUGGUGGGAUGGAACACCUUUUCAAUAUGUCGCAUAAAGCAACAAUGGAGUAAUUUGGACAUAAACCAUCAUUCAGGCCAACGAUAUCAGCGUGAUCGCUAAAGGGAGACCUCUCCCUUAGAGCGCCCCAAUCAAGUAAAUUUGACUUUUUCUAGGGCGUCUGAAUGAAAUGCUAAGUCGUCGCCAUGAUUUGAAUAUUAGGAUGAUAAUUAGAAUACCAACAUUUUAAUUAAUAUUGUUUGAUUUUUUUAUUUCAAUAAAAUUUCAUUUUUAUUCAAAAUAUAAAAGGGUUAAAUCCAUUACUCAUAUAUAUUGGACACGAAGUUAUGAGAGAUUAUUUUCCGUUCAACUUGCACCUAACGAAGAUAUUUCAUUCACUUCAGAAUUCACAUUUUUUCUUCUUUUCGCAAGAUGUC